AUGUAUGAUUUCCCAAGAAACCUCGAACAAUAUAGUCAUAAGGUACGUCCUGGUAGAACCGAUAAAGUACAAGAACCAAAAGUAUUCAGUUUUCUUAUAACAAGUGAUGGUUAUUUAAUUUCAGCUUUUUUCGAUUUCUUAAAAGAUCAAUAUCAAACACCAUAUUACCAGCGGGGCAGUAGCAGGGGUAGCAGCAGUUGCAGGGGCAGUACUACCAGCAGGGGUAGCAGCAGUUGCAGGGGCAGUACUACCAGCAGGGGUAGCAGCAGUUGCAGGGGCAGUACUACCAACAGGGGUAGCAGCAGUACCAGCAGGGGUAGCAGCAAUACCAGCAGUAGCAGUAGCAGUACCAGCAGGGGUAGCAGCAAUACCAGCAGGGGUAGCAGGGGUAACAGUAACAGUAGCAGUCCCAGCAGGGGAAGCAACAGUACCAGCAGGGGCAGCAGGGGUAGCAGGGGUAGCAGAAGUAGCAGUAGCAGUAGCAGUACUAGCAGGGGUAGCAGCAAUACCAGCAGGGGUAGCAGCAGUUGCAGGGGCAGUACUACCAGCAGGGGCAGGUGA